CACUGUGCUGCGACUCUCUGAGAGAAUUUUUUAUUAGACUGAAAAUUGUAAGAGGCGACAUCGAUGCAGUUCAGUAGUCGAAACUGAGUGUUGAAGAUGGAUACAUCGAGCGAUAUCUUUCAGUCUCGAUUAUAUAGACUCAAUCGUACGCUACUUUCGUUGCUGGGGCAAUGGCCCUUCCAAAAGGACAGGUACAGGCGGGUUAUUAUUGUAACGACGUCGUUUAUCGGUUUAACGCAGGCCCUUACACAGGUACUCGCCUUAGUGACGUUACGCGGCGAUUUUGAUGCACUCAUCGAAUGUGCACCACCACUCAUAGUAGAUGGUGUGUGCAUUAUUAAGCUGACGACCCUGAUAUGUAAUGUAGAGAAGCUCAAGAUGCUUCUUGUACACAUACAAAGGGACUGGCGAUCGUGGACCAUCAAAAGCGAAUUCGAAAUUUUGUCCAGAUUUGCGGAGAGCGGAAGAAGCAUUACCAUUGGUUAUGCCAGUGGCAUGUACGCAUUUGGUAGCCUCUUUCCGUUGCUCGCUAUAAUCCCGAAAAUAAUUGGCAAAAACGUCACUUCCGACUAUGCGACGCGGCCAGUGGGAUUUCCAUAUCAUGUGGAAUAUUACAUAGACCUCGAAAAGUACUACUAUCCCGUGUUGAUUCAUAAUUACUUAACUACUGCAAUUCGUCUUACCACCAUAGUCGCAUUCGAUACCUACGUGGCUAUUCUAGUGCAACAUUGUUGCGCGCUGUUUUCUGUCGUCAGAUAUCGGCUAGAGUAUAUACGAAAAUCCAUCGAGCAAGAUAAGGAGCUCACUUUACUCCAGGAAGACGACAAGUUUUAUAAAAAUUUCGUAUACUGUAUACAAAAACACAAAGAUGCCUUACGAUUCGCAAGGUGCUUAGACAUGGUCUACACGAAAGCGUUUUUCAUAGAAGUUGGUUUUGUUAUUUUGGCUAUGAGUCUAUCGGCUCUCCAGGCAACCAGUGGUACUUUGAAUCCACACCUCGCAGUACGGCACGCCGCGUAUAUUAUCGCUCAAUUACUGCACUUAUACAUAGCGUGCUGGUUGGGGCAACAAAUGAUCGAUCACAGCAAUCGCGUGUACACAUCGACUUACCGAGGAGAAUGGUAUGAAUCGCCACCAAAAUCCAGGAAGCUCUUGAAUAUGAUAAUGAUGAGGAGCAUUUCACCUUGUACAUUGACAGUUGGAAAGAUCAUGGUUCUUUCUCUUCCGAGUUUCAGCGCAGUAAGACCUGUCAUAAUUUUCUUUAUACAAUCAUUUAGUAUACGUUAUGUAAUCGUUUCCCUACUUUUGGCUAAAUUUUACUUUCUCUUCUAGGUCGUACGUGCAUCUGCUUCAUACUUCACAGUCUUACAAUCUGUACGGUAAUAUUUUAGAAAUUUUUCUCCUGAAAAAUGUAUAAUUAUUAUCAAUAUAAAAAUAAUGUAUUAUACCUAAAUAGCAGAGGAUUGUCUA